UCAGGGACACUUUAACACACUAUUGUGGUGGAGGAAACUGGAUAACGCGGAUUUUGUCGUCAAUAAGAAGGUGUGUGUGAACAGUGGACAUCAGACACAAUCGACUUUUUGUGUUUUUUUCCCUCUCGCUCUGGCUAGGGACGACCCAAAACAUUUCCACGUGACGUGAUUUAGUUACGAGCACGCGCUCUUGCCGGAGAGGGUGCAAACACACACACACACGCACACAUGCACAUGCACACGAGCGCACGCAGCGGUCGGUGGCGUGAGUGAGACGUAAGUGAGACGUGAGAGUGGAGCGUGCGCGCGCCUCUCCCUACUGCUGCGCACUUUCGCACGCGGAUUAUGUGCCUCACGUUCCUCGUUCUUUUUACCGUGGAAAUGGAUUUUAAUCAAGGGCUCGUGCUCCGUGAUUAAUUGAUAAAUUGGAUUGAAUGAAAAGAAAGCGAAGGAGGGAAAAAAAGUUUGGACUCGUGCAUGCAUUUUUGUUUACCGCUCGAAGCCAUGCCGGAGAAACUAAACAUCUCGGACUUCGUCUCGUUGGCGAAUGAGGACAUCACGUCGCCGUCCACGUCGUGCUUCCUGGAGAAAAUGAGCGACUGCCGGAGCACCGUGACCGGCCUGGAGGAGACUCUGGAGCAGGACCAAAGCUCUUUGCAGAGGCUGAAGAAGAUGGUGAAGGGAAUCCACAGCUCUGGCCUCAGUCACGUGGAGUGUAAUGAGCAGUACAUUGAGAUUUUGGAGAACCUGGGAAACAGCCACCUGUCCCAGGACAGUAACGAGAUCUCCACAGGGUUCCUUAACCUGGCAGUGUUCACACGAGAGGUCACGGUGCUCCUCAAAACUCUGGUGCAGAAUCUGCACAGCAUUCUUUCUUUUCCUCUGGAGAACAUCUUGAAGACUGAACUGCGAGACUGCAGACUGGAUCUGAGGAAGCAGAUGGAAAAGGGCUGGAAGGAUUACGACGUUAAAAUGGGGAAGCUCGAGAGGGAGAGGCACAAGCAGUACGGCUUGAUACGGCUCGACUCGGACAUAGUGGAGGACAUGGAGAGAGAGAGGAGGACUUUCCAGCUGCAGAUGUGCGAGUAUUUGCUGAAGGUGCAGGAGAUGAAGAUACGACAGGGUCCUGAUCUGCUCCAGAGCCUUAUCAAGUAUUUCCAAGCCCAGCUCAAUUUCUUUCAGGAUGGCCUGAAAGCUGCAGAAAAUCUCAGUCCCUUCGUGGAAAAGCUAGCAGCCUCUGUUCACACGGUUCGACAGGAUGAGGACGAGCAGGUGAAGCAGCUCUCUCAGCUCCGUGACUGCCUCAGGAGUCAGCUACAAGUGGACGGUAAAGAGGAUUACUUAAACAGGAAGAACUCUGGUCACGGCUACAGCAUCCACCAGCCCCAGGGCAACAAGAAAUACGGCACCGAGAAAUCUGGCUUCCUGCUCAAGAAGAGCGACGGAAUCAGGAAAGUGUGGCAGAAAAGGAAAUGUGGAGUCAAAUAUGGCUGCCUGACCAUCUCUCACAGCACGAUAAACAGACCUCCAGCCAAACUCAACCUCCUCACGUGUCAGGUUCGGCCCAAUCCUGAGGAGAAGAAGACGUUCGACCUUGUAACUCAUAAUCGCACAUAUCAUUUCCAAGCAGAGGAUGAGCAAGAUUGCAUAAUCUGGGUGUCUGUUCUUCAGAACAGUAAAGAGGCGGCUCUAAACACGGCUCUGGGAGGAGAUCAGCUGCAGUAUCCGGGCAGCGGGCUGCAGGAUCUGGCACGUUCCGUCAUCUCGGGGCUGAGAAAUCUUCCGGGCAACGACACGUGCUGCGACUGCGGCGCUCCGGAACCCACCUGGCUUUCCAGUAACUUGGGCAUCCUCACCUGCAUCGAAUGUUCAGGAAUCCACCGGGAGCUCGGCGUUCACUACUCACGGAUUCAGUCACUCACUCUCGACAUGCUCAGUACAUCUGAGCUUCUGCUUGCAGUGAGCAUCGGUAACAGCAAAUUUAACGACAUCAUGGAGGCCAACCUGCGUGAUGACUCGGUGAAACCCUUACCACAGAGUGACAUGAACGCGAGGAAGGAGUACAUCACGGCGAAGUACGUCGAGAGGCGUUACGUGUUCCCGAAAGAGCACUCGGAGCCCCUGCGAGCGUACGACGCGGUGAAAUCCAGAGACCUGAUGUCCCUCCUGCAGCUGUACGCCGAGGGAGAAGAUCUGUCCAAGCCCACAGUUGUACCUGAUCAACAGGCUUUGAAAGAGACGGCUCUCCAUGUGGCGGUGCGUUUGGCCGAGAAGAGCUCGCUGGCCCUGGUUGAUUUCCUCACACAGAACUGUGGCUGUCUGGAGAAGAAGACAGUGGAAGGAAACACAGCUCUUCAUUACUGUGCCAUGUACAAUAAACCAGAAUGUCUGAAACUGCUUCUGAAGGGGAAAGCUACUUUACACACAGCAAACAUGGCCGGAGAGACUGCGCUGGACAUCGCCAAGAGACUGCAGCACACACAGUGUGUCGACUUGCUGGAACUGGCUCACAGUGGGAAAUUUAACUCCCAGAUCCAUGUGGAGUACACGUGGGAGAUGCCGCAAGAGUUUCUAUACGACAGCGAGGACGAUCUGGAUGAGAAGGUCAGUCCACCUCGGGCUCUGCGCUCGCCUCUGCCCUCUAAUGGCGGCUUUGGGAAUGCUCCGUGGAGUUGCAACAGCAGCGACCCCACCAGGACGUACCAGAAUGUCGACUUUGUCUGCCGUAGCACAGAGAGCAGCAGCACCUCCUCUGGGGGCCACACACCUCCUCCACUUCCUGUCAAAACCAUUCAGAGAGGUCGCUCCGACCCGCAGAUCAGCACCUCCACCCAGGAGUCCCAUGCUAUUUCCCGGCACACCUCCAGUUCCUGGAGUGGUUCCCAUAGAAACAGCCCUCCUUCACCCAUGAAGGAGGCGGCAGGGUUGCGGGUUCCUCGCUCGCCUCGCAACGGCGUGCUGAAGAGACAGACGGUGGUCUGGGAUGGACAAGGUUCAUCAGGGACGCAGAGCUCCAUCGGACCCGUCGUGUCGGAGAAGACGACAUCCUACCGGCGAGCGAGCAGUGGAAGCGGGAAGGGCGCGGCAGGUUCUCCCAGCUCUGGGAGCAGUAUGGAGGAGCUCUACUGCAGUCUGACCAGUAACAGCAUCGCUAAUGCUAACGCUAAUGCUAACGCUAGCCUCGCAGUGCCAGUUAUAAUGCCACCACCUCGGUCACGCAAGAACGCCAUGAGUUCAGGGAGGCCUCGGCAGAGGAAGGUCCGGGCGUUAGUGGACUGUAUGUGUGUGGGUUCUGAUCAACUGGCAUUCUGUAAAAAUGAUAUAAUCAUAGUGACUGCUGCUGAAGAUCCACACUGGUGGGUUGGACACAUUGAGGGAAAACCAUUAAAGACCGGCUCCUUUCCGGUCAACUACGUUAUGAAACUGGGAGAAUGAUUGUUCCGGAAGCUUCCACCACGUGAGACUUGACGACCGUACGUUUUUGUUCACCUGGAAAGUGCUCCUCCGUGUCGGUGUGGAACAGCGGAACUGUCCUGCAGUAAACUGGGUUUAGAGGGGAAUUAGAACUACACAAUGUGCUUCAGACUGUUUAGCACAUCGUUCAUGGCACUUUAGAGACGUUAAAUUGGAGUGUUGGAGCCGGAGAUGGGGCUCGGGGUGUGUGUGUAUGUGUGUGUGUGUGUGUGUGUGUGUGUGUGUGUGUGUGUGUCUGCAGAGCAGCACUUAGUCCGCAAACUCAUCACGGUAACACGAAGCCCUCGGUGUGGAAACAUGGCAGAUGAUUAUCGCGGCACUAACGGGGAAAUAAAUGCGGCGCAGUUCCUGGUUCGUGCCAAGUGAUCUAGGUUUCAUUGUUUAAUGGAUGUUUGCCGUUGACGAAUGGCUGGACAACAAAACACAAUCCUCACUGACUGACAUUCAGCUGAGUGACUGAGAGACAGAGAAAAGGGAAGACAGAGACAUUGGAUUUCCUCAGACGACGUUUUAUGUUCACAUGGAGUCAAAGAUUUCACGGCUCAGCCGAUGAGCUCGAGACUUUCACAUCACGAGUUGUAGACAUUUUUUAAAAUCCUAAACCUGGAAGUUGCGUUUUCUUAUGCUUUUCGAAUUUAUGUUUAUGCUUUCAAGAUUAUUCUACUUUAACAUUGAAUAGAUACAAUGUCAAAGCUCAGAGCUAUCUCACUAAAUCGCUCAUCUCCUGUCUUAUUAUAUUGUCUCAUUGUUGUCUCAUUGACUGUUUGUACUUUCGGCAAAUAUUUCACUUAAAAAAAAAAUCAGCCCUCAAGAAUUAGAGAUGUUUUCAUUA